AUGGUUGUCAAGCACAUCCAGCGCAAACUUGCAGAAAAGUCCGAGGAGCAUACCAAAGAGUUGCUCAAGCUCGGUCUAAUAGCCGCCAAAGUCGAUUUGCCCCCAAAUGUGCAUGUGAUGCCCUCGACGAACCAGUUCCUGGGAAUGAACACGAUCCUGCAGAACCCCGAGACAGAACAUGUUGACUUCGUGUUCUACUUUGAUCGCCUUGCCUCCUUGCUGAUUGAGAAAGCGUUGGACAUGACUUCCUACGUCCCAACAAGCGUCGAAACUCCACAAGGCAACCACUACCUGGGCCUAACCCCCAAGGGCAUCGUAUCAGCCGUUGCCAUCCUGCGCGGGGGCUCAUGUUUAGAAACCGCUCUGAAGCGGACGAUUCCCGACUGCAUCACGGGCCGCUUAUUGAUUCAAACUAAAGAGAAUGACGAGCCCGAGUUGCACUACUUGAAACUGCCCUCGCGCCUGGAAGAGCAUUCCGCAGUCAUGCUCCUCGACCCGCAGAUGUCCAGCGGUGGUGCUGCGCUGAUGGCUGUUAGGGUUUUGAUUGACCAUGGCGUGGACGAGAACAAGAUCGUCUUCGUGACGUGUGCUGCUGGGGAGAGGGGUCUGAAGCGGUUGACUGCUGUGUAUCCUCAGAUCACGGUUGUUGUGGGUCGCAUUGAGGAAGAGGGCGAGCCGCGGUGGAUGGAGAGGCGGUAUUUUGGAUCCUGA